AUGACAUCCACUGCAGAUCGUCUGGCCCAUCAGCAGAAGAGGGAAGAAGGCAUUGGCACAAACCAGAAAGCAGUAAAGUUCGCCAAGCAGGAUUAUGAGACUCUGAGGCAGCAGUGUCUGGAGCGUGGAUGCCUGUUUGAGGACAGCAGCUUUCCAGCUGACCGCAAAUCACUGGGCUACAGCGAGCUGGGACCAUAUUCACCCAAAACAAGGGGUGUUGUUUGGAAAAGGCCAACGGAGCUGUGCUCAAACCCAAAGUUCAUUGAUGAUGGAGCCACAAGGACCGACAUUUGCCAAGGAGGUCUGGGUGACUGCUGGCUUCUGGCUGCAAUAGCCUCUCUGACUCUAGACCAGCGGAUCCUGGCUCGCGUGGUACCCCAUGGACAGAGUUUUACCGAAGGUUAUGCCGGAAUAUUUCACUUCCAGUUCUGGCAGUUUGGUGAGUGGAUGGAUGUGGUGGUCGAUGACCGUUUACCCACCAGAGAUGGAAAGCUGCUGUUUGUUCACUCAGCAGAGGGUUCUGAGUUUUGGAGCGCUCUGCUGGAGAAGGCCUACGCUAAGGUGAAUAGCUGCUAUGAGGCCCUGUCAGGAGGAAACACUAUCGAAGGUUUUGAGGAUUUCACAGGAGGCAUUGCAGAAGUAUACAGCUUAAACAAAGCUCCAUCAAAUCUUUUCCAAAUCAUCAAGAGGGCCCUGAGCCUGGGUUCACUCCUGGGUUGCUCUAUUGAUAUCACCAGUGCAUAUGAGACGGAGGCAGUUACAGCUCUCAAACUUGUCAAGGGACAUGCAUACUCACUCACUGGUGCAGAGGAGGUUAAUUAUCGAGGCAGACAGGUUCAGCUGGUCCGCGUCAGGAACCCAUGGGGGCAAGUGGAGUGGACUGGACCUUGGAGUGAUGGAUCCAGUGAAUGGAACCACGUCGACAGAGAUGAGAAAUCAAAGUUGAACCAUGUGAGUGAAGAUGGAGAGUUCUGGAUGUCUUAUUCAGACUUCAUCAGGCAGUUCACGCGCCUGGAGAUCUGUAACUUGACCCCAGAUACACUCACCAGUGAGGAUGUGGGUCACUGGAACCACUACCAGUUCGAGGGGAUGUGGCGGGUGGGAUCCACCGCUGGCGGCUGCCGCAACAACCCAGCUACAUUCUCGUCCAACCCUCAGUUUGUGGUGCGUCUGGAGGAUGUGGAUGAUGAUCCCCUGGAUGGGGAGGAUGGGUGCACAUUUCUGGUUGGGCUGAUGCAAAAGGAAGGGCGACAGAAGAAGAGACUUGACCGCAACCAUGAGACUAUUGGCUUUGCUAUUUAUAAGGUCCCAGAUGAGUACAAAGGCCGCAGCAAUGUUCACCUGGGUCCUGAUGUCCUGCUGCGACAGAGAGCUGUGGCCAUGAGCAGCACCUUCAUCAACACACGAGAGAUCUGUGACCGCUUCAAACUUCCUCCAGGAGAAUAUGCCGUAAUUCCCUCAACCUUCGACCCUCACAAGAAGGGCAGCUUCGUUCUCAGGGUGUUCUCAGAGAAACAGGCUGCAACCAGUCCACUGGAGGAGGACAUUGAUGCUGAAAUAGAGGAGGAGGAGGUAUCUGAGAGUGAUGUGGAUCCUCAUUUCAAGAAGCUGUUCAAGCAAAUUGCUGGCGAUGACAUGGAGAUAUCGGCCUUUGAACUGGUUCGAAUUUUGAACAACGUUGUCUCUCACCGGACUGAUAUCAAGACAGAUGGCUUCAGCCUCGAGACAGGUCGCCUUAUUGUCAGUCUGCUGGAUAAAGAUGAAAGUGCCAAAUUGGGGCUGAUAGAAUUCCACCAACUUUGGAACAAAAUCCAGAAAUACCUGGAGAUCUUCAAGAAUCAUGACACAGACAUCUCUGGCACCAUGAGCUCCCAUGAGAUGAGAGGGGCUGCCAUUGAAGCAGGUUUCCACAUCAACAGUGCUUUGCUGCAGUCCAUUGUCAAUCGUUACGCUGAUGCUCAGUACGCCAUAGACUUUGACAGUUUUGUAGGCUGUCUCAUUAAACUGGAAAUGCUCUUCAAAAUAUUUAAGGCUCUUGAAAGAGAGGAUGCAGGGAAGAUUGAGCUGGAUAUGCAACAGUGGCUGUGCCUGGCGAUCAACUAA